GAUGCUGUAGAUGAAGAAGAAUUAGAGGAACUCGAUGAACGUCCAAUGAACGGAGGAAGGUUUGAACGUGGGUAUAGAGGUGCUAACAAUGGAAGAAGGCCUAGGCAAGAUGACGAUUUGGGAAGCAUCAAGGUGACGAUUCCGCCAUUUCAAGGCCGAAACGACCCGGAGGCUUAUCUUGAAUGGGAGAAGAAGAUAGAAAUGGUCUUCGAAUGUCAUAACUACUCCGAAAACAAAAAGGUAAAGCUUGCUGCAAUUGAAUUCACUGAUUAUGCUAUUAUUUGGUGGGAUCAAUUGUUGAAGGAAAGGAGGAGAAAUUACGAGCAACCUGUUGAAACAUGGGAUGAGAUGAAGGCCAUCAUGAGGAAACGUUUCAUUCCAAACUACUACCAUAGAGAGUUGUUCAACAAGUUACAACGCCUAACUCAAGGAUCGAGGAGCGUCGAUGAGUACCACAAAGAGAUGGAAGUUGCCAUGAUCCGAGCAAGUGUACAAGAAGAUAGGGAAGCUACCAUGGCUAGAUUCUUACAUGGCUUAAAUCGUGAAAUAGCAGAUGUUGUGGAGAUGCAACACUAUGUGGAAUUGACGGAUAUGGUGCACCAAGCUAUCAAAGUCGAACAACAACUGAAGCGGAGGAAUUUGGCUAGGAAGGGAACAGGUGCAAUCACUUCAAAUUCGUGGAAGGCAGCACCUAAACGGGAUGAAUGGCCAUCAACCAAACCUAAAUUCGAACCUUCUAAGGAUGCCAAACCAGCGACAACAUUCAAACAAGGUAACACUGAACCCUCCACUUCUAAGAAUCGAGAUAUGAAAUGUUUCAAGUGCCAUGGCAGGGGACACAUAGCUAGUGAGUGUCCUAACAAAAAGGUUAUGGUGCUAAAUGCCCAAGGGGAGAUCGAAUCGGAGGAUGAAAAGGAAGACGAGGUAGAUGAGCUGCCAUCUUUUGGAGAUACAUACGAAGGGCAAUAUGCUGCAGAGGGUGAGUUAUUAGUGGCAAGGCGAGCUCUUAGUGCACAAGGUAAAGAAGAAGAGAACAAUCAACGAGAAAACUUAUUUCAUACUCGUUGUUUUGUAAAUGGUAAGGUUUGCAGCGUUAUUAUUGAUGGUGGGAGCUGCACUAAUGUUGCAAGUACUGAAUUAGUUGAGAAAUUGGGUUUGCCUACCUUGAGGCAUGCUCGACCAUACCGACUUCAGUGGCUAAACAAUAGUGGAGAAAUCAAGGUGACAAAGCAAGUGUUAGUGGCAUUCUCCAUUGGCAAGUAUGAGGAUGAAGUGUUGUGCGAUGUGGUGCCUAUGCAAGCAUGCCAUGUCCUAUUGGGGAGACCAUGGCAGUACGACCGUCGAGAAUUUGAAGAUGUCUUUCCCGAGGAGGUACCACCAGGCUUACCACCAAUUCGAGGAAUUGAGCACCAAAUUGACUUCGUACCAGGUGCAACAAUUCCAAACCGACCAGCCUAUCGAAGUAGUCCCGAGGAGACAAAGGAACUUCAACGGCAGGUUGAUGAGCUACUCGAGAAAGGACAUGUUACGGAGAGUAUGAGCCCUUGUGCAGUUCCGGUGUUGCUAGUACCUAAGAAGGAUGGGACAUGGAGGUAUGUUGUUAGUGCUAAAGGUAUAGAGGUUGAUGAGGAAAAGGUGAUGGCGAUUCCAGAUUGGCCAACGCCUACAUCGGUAACUCAAGUAAGGAGCUUUCAUGGCUUAGCUGGAUUUUAUAGGCGCUUUGUUCGAGAUUUCAGCAGCAUAGCAGCACCUCUUACAGCAGUUAUCAAAAAGAACGUUCCAUUCAAGUGGGGAGAGGAGCAAGAAAGGGCAUUUCAACUCAUCAAGGAUAAAUUGACGAAUGCACCAUUACUUGUUUUGCCUAACUUCACUAAAAUGUUUGAAAUUGAGUGUGAUAUAUCAGGUAUAGGUAUUGGCGGUGUACUAAUGCAAGAAGGAAGACCAAUUGCAUACUUUAGUGAAAAAUUAAGUGGGGCAGCUUUAAACUAUCCUACAUAUGACAAGGAAUUGUAUGCAUUGGUUCGAACUCUAGAGACGUGGCAGCACUACCUGUGGGCGAAAGAGUUUGUGAUUCAUAGCGAUCAUGAAUCCUUGAAGCAUCUAAAGGGACAAUAUAAAUUGAGCAAGCGUCAUGCCAAGUGGGUGGAAUUCAUCGAAACUUUUCCUUAUGUUAUCAAAUACAAGCAAGGUAAGGAGAACAUAGUUGCUGAUGCAUUGUCACGAAGGUAUUUCUAUUUGCAUGAUGGUUUUUUAUUUCGGGAGAACAAGUUAUGUGUGCCACAUUCAUCUUUGCGUGAAUUACUUGUUCGGGAAUCACAUAGUGGUGGUUUGAUGGGGCACUUUGGGGUGGCUAAGACUUUAGGUGUGUUGCAUGAGCAUUUCUUUUGGCCACGCAUGAAACAUGAUGUAGAGAAAAUUUGUGCAAGAUGCAUUAGUUGCAAGCAAGCCAAAUCUAGGCUUCAACCACAUGGUUUGUACACUCCCCUGCCUAUUCCAAAUGCACCUUGGGUUGAUAUCUCUAUGGAUUUUGUUUUGGGUUUACCUAGGACAAAGAGGGGGAGAGAUUCAGUUUUUGUGGUUGUUGAUAGGUUCUCUAAAAUGGCUCACUUUAUUGCAUGCCAUAAGACUGAUGAUGCAUCACAUGUAGCGAAUUUAUUUUUUUGUGAGAUUGUUAGGUUGCAUGGCAUGCCAAGGACUAUUGUUUCUGAUAGAGAUGCAAGGUUUUUAAGUUACUUUUGGAAGACCUUGUGGGGUAAGUUAGGAACUAAAUUGUUGUUCUCUACUACAUGUCACCCACAAACUGAUGGUCAAACGGAAGUAGUGAAUAGGACUUUGUCUACUUUAUUGCGUGCAAUUAUACAAAAAAACUUGAAAACUUGGGAAGAUUGUUUACCGCAUGUUGAAUUUGCUUAUAAUCGCUGUGUUCAUUCUGCAACUAAGUUUUCACCUUUUGAGAUUGUUUAUGGUUUUAAUCCAUUGACUCCUUUGGAUUUAACCCCUUUACCUUUGGAUGAGCGUGUUAACUUAGAUGGCGAAAAAAAAGCAGAUUUCGUAAAACAACUUCAUGAGAAGGCAAGGCAACAUAUAGAGCGUCGGACUGAGCAAUAUGUCAAGCAAGCUAAUAAGGGACGCAAGAAAGUUGUCUUCGAACCAGGAGAUUGGGUAUGGCUACAUAUGAGAAAGGAUCGGUUUCCUCAACAAAGAAGAUCUAAACUCCUUCCAAGGGGUGAUGGACCAUUUCAAGUGGUGGAACGUAUCAAUGACAAUGCCUACAAACUUGAACUACCUGGUGAGUAUGGUGUUAGUAAUAGCUUUAAUGUUUCUGACUUAUCUCCAUUUGAUGUAGGUGAUGCAGAUUUGAGGACAAAUCUUUCUCAAGAAGGGGAGAAUGAUGCAAAUGGAACCAUAAGAGACGAAGUCCACCAAGAGCCACUAAGCUUGCCAAGCGGACCAAUCACAAGGCUUAGAGCCAAGCGUUUCAAGGAAGCAUUAUAUGGGCUGAUUCAAGAAGAAGUUGAGAUGGCAAAUAAUAGGAGGCCCAACAUGAGUUCAAAUCCAUGUACAAGCCCAUUCACAAUUCAAAUGGACCCAAGUCAGAUUGAAGGGAAGUCAAUCACAAAGAUAUCAGUUGUGGAAGGGUCUAAUUGA